AUUAGGUUCUUGGGAAUAAAUACGUUCGUUUCAGUGCGAAGGCCACAAACUUAUCUCUUUUAUAUUUAUAUACAAAUACUCAAACAUUGCCACUAUGCAGUUGUAUCGUACAAUUGUCAUACUACUCGUUACCACCUUGGCCAACGCACAGCUACCUAAUAUCCCUGCAUGCUCUCUGAACUGUUUCGUCAGCGCCUUCCAGCGCGAUGGAUGCUCACAACUGAUGGACUUUGCUUGCCAUUGCCAGAAGCCUGAGCUGGUCGGAACCGUAACCCCGUGCGUGCAAAAGGCGUGCAGCCUUGCCGACCAGUCUGCUGUAUCGAGUGAGGUUGUCCGCCAGUGCUCUUUGGCAGGUCAUCCCAUAUCCGUCCCCCCAGUGGGUGGCGCUGCAGAAACUACAACUUUGUCCAUGCCCAAGACCUCUACCGUUGAUACUAGCGUUGUGUCUUCUAGCUCCGGAGCGGUAACUCUUCCAACAGUCUCUUCCUCGCUUGCAGCCUCACCUUCGAGGCUGUUGCCCUCUGCAUCUGCAACGGCAUCUACUCCUCAUUUGCCUUCGUCUACAAGUGGGCGCCCUUCACAGAGCUCCGUGUCGUCGGCAUCCCCAUCCACACCUCUUUCAACUGGCUCCGCAUCUAAUGUCAAGGCGGGUAUGGCUGGAGUGGUCAUUGCUGCCGCAGCAGCAGCGUACAUUCUAUAA